GGUUAGCAAAAUGGCGGACAAAACGCCAGGUGGUGUGCAGAAAGCCAGUACUAAGGCACUGUUGGAGAGUAAAUUGAAAGCCUUCAGUAUUGGCAAGAUGGCUGUUGCGAAAAGGACUCUAAGCAAGAAGGAGCAAGACGAACUUAAAAAGAAGGAGGAUGAACGAGCUGCUGCAGAGAUCUAUGAGGAAUUUCUUGCAGCCUUUGAGGGAGGUGAAGGAAAAGUCAAGACUUUUGUUCGUGGAGGCAUUGCCAAUGCCACCAAAGAGGAAGCCGCUGCUGAUGAUAAAAGAGGAAAACUCUACAAACCCAAGUCGAGGGUUUUGGAAGCCAAAAGUUUUUUACCUUUGGAAACACCCCCACAAUUUUUAGCACUAGACAAACGUAAUGUGUCAAAGAAAGGAGAAAAGGAAAAGAAAAAGAGCAAUCUGGAACUUUUCAAAGAGGAAUUAAAACAGAUUCAGGAGGAGCGUGACGAGCGACAUAGGCUGAAAGGACGAGUGAGCAGAUUUGAACCUCUCUCUAACACAGAAGGAAGGAGAUCUUCGGAUGGUUCUUCACGAAGAAACCGUCCAUCCAGUGUCCUGGAUGAUUCUGCUCCAGGCUCACAUGAUGUUGGUGACCCAUCAACCACAAAUCUUUAUUUGGGAAACAUAAAUCCUCAGAUGAAUGAGGAGAUGCUGUGUCAGGAGUUUGGGAAGUAUGGUCCUCUGGCCAGUGUGAAGAUCAUGUGGCCCAGGACAGAUGAGGAAAGGGCCAGAGAGAGAAACUGCGGUUUUGUGGCCUUUAUGACCAGGCGAGAUGCUGAACGUGCUUUGAAGCAUUUAAAUGGUAAAAUGAUCAUGAAUUUUGAGAUGAAAUUAGGAUGGGGCAAAGGCGUACCAAUCCCACCUCACCCUAUAUACAUUCCACCUUCCAUGAUGGAGCACACUCUUCCUCCUCCACCUUCUGGACUGCCCUUUAAUGCUCAGCCUAAAGAAAGACUGAAGAACCCCAAUGCGCCUAUGCCAGCUCCUCCCAAGAGCAAAGAGGAGUUUGAGAAGACUCUGUCGCAAGCCAUAGUCAAAGUGGUUAUCCCAACAGAAAGGAAUUUGCUCUCUCUAAUCCACCGAAUGAUCGAGUUUGUGGUGCGUGAAGGGCCUAUGUUUGAAGCAAUGAUCAUGAACAGAGAAAUCAACAAUCCCUUGUACAGGUUUCUAUUUGAUAAUCAAAGUCCAGCUCAUGUCUAUUACCGAUGGAAGCUAUACUCCAUACUGCAGGGAGACUCCAUUACUAAGUGGAGAACAGAUGACUUCAGACUUUUUAAGAAUGGCUCCUUCUGGCGACCUCCUCCUCUUAACCCCUACUUGCAUGGAACCCCUGAUGAAGAAGAGGGUGAAGAAGAUGAGGAAGAGGAAGCCAGCAAGAAAGGCUGCCUAAAAGACGAAGAGCGAGACAAGCUGGAGGAGACGCUCCGUGGUUUGACCCCGAGAAAGAGUGACAUAGCUGAGGCAAUGGUGUUCUGCCUGUCUCACGCAGAUGCUGCCGAAGAGAUAGUGGAAUGCAUCACCGAGUCUCUGUCCAUCCUCAAAACGCCACUGCCAAAGAAGAUUGCAAGGUUAUAUUUGGUAUCGGAUGUGUUGUAUAACUCGUCAGCAAAAGUUGCCAAUGCCUCUUACUACAGGAAAUUCUUUGAAACAAAACUCUGCCAGAUAUUCGCUGACCUUCAUGCUACCUACAAGACGAUACAGGGCCACUUGCAGUCUGAACAUUUUAAGCAACGAGUGAUGUCAUGUUUCCGGGCGUGGGAGGACUGGGCAGUGUAUCCGGAUCCUUUCCUGAUAAAACUUCAGAACAUCUUCCUGGGACUUGUGAGACUAGACUCAGAUAAAGAGGUCCCAGAGGUGGAGGUGGAGCCGACAGAACCCACAGAGGACAUUGACGGUGCUCCCAUAGUCGAGGAGGAAUUAGAUGGUGCUCCAUUAGAUGAUGUAGAUGGAACUCCCAUUGAUGGAACCCCCAUUGAUGGAGCCCCGCUAGAUGACCUAGAUGGGGUUCCCAUAAAGGGUUCAGAGGAAGAUCUUGAUGGUGUUCCCUUAGAUCAAGGUGAAGCUCUUAAACCUGGUUUUAAAAUGGCUCCAUCAAAAUGGGAGGCAGUGGAUGAGGCUGCUCUGGAAGCACAAGCUGUAACCACAUCAAAGUGGGAAAUCUUUGAACUACCAGAAGAUUCUGACAAAAAUAAAGACAGGGAAAAACAUGAAGGCGAGAAAAAAGACUCUCUGAAGAGUUCCCAGUCAGAACAGCAGUCUUAUUCAAACCCUUUCAGAGAAGAUUACACAGAUUCCAAAUCUGCUAAAUUCUCUGAGAUGAGUGAGGAAAAGCGAGCCAAGCUACGAGAAAUUGAGCUCAAAGUGAUGAAAUUUCAAGAUGAGCUGGAAUCUGGAAAACGACCAAAGAAGCUUGGACAGAGCAUUCAAGAACAAGUAGAGCUGUACAGAGAUAAAUUACUACAGAGGGAAAAGGAGAAGGAAGUUGAGAAAGAGAGGGAAAAAGAAAAAGAGAGAAAAGACAAGGAUAAAUCUGAUGUUUCUGUGAAGGAGAAGGAAAAAGAAGAGUCCACACCAAGCAGAAAAGAAAAGAAAAGACGACACAGUCCGUCUCCCAGCCCCACCCGCAGCAGCAGCAGUCGAAGGGGGAGGUCCCCUUCCCCGCGCUCCGAACGCUCCGACAGAUCCUACACCAAGGAAAGCAGUUCCCGCAGCUCCUAUAAGGAUUCACCACGAGACAGCAGCAGGAAAUCAUCCAAAAGGUCUCCUUCCCCACCCAGAACACCCAAACGAUCUCGCAGGUCCAAAUCAAGAACGCCUAAAAAAUCAAGCAAGAAGUCUCGAUCCCGGUCGAGGUCUCCACAUCGGUCACACAAGAAAUCCAAGAAGAGCAAGCACUGAAAUAUAACGUUAAUGAUAGAAUGGUUGGAAUAUCUUUUGUGCCUGACAUUUGUCCUGUAAAUCAGUGUAGGGAGAAUUGGUUUUCUCAUCCCAUUCUCUAUCUCUCUCUCUCUCUCUGUAGCUCAUUUGUUUUCUGCACGCAUACAGUGUUUUCAUUUUACUGGAAGUGUUUUGUAUUGUAAAAUAAAGUCCCAACUUCUCAUAAAAAGUCAUACCCAUGGUCAGAGCAAUCUUCUAUUGUCUUAACUUUUGCUCAUGGUUUUUAGGUAACUCAAAUGAUUUAAAUUAAAACAAAUUGUACAUGUUUGAGUUGUAUAGGUGUUGGCUUUUCAAUAAAG